GUGAGGAUGUCGCAAGCACCAGGUGGAAAAAAAGGCGGGAAAGGCCCGCCGAAAAAAGUAGUCGACGAUGACAAAACAGCACCAAAAGCGGAGGAGAAAGAUGAGACGUCUUCUACUAAUGGAGAUAAGAAGGAAGCUAAGGAUGGCAACGGCAUACCUGAUGUUCCGAAGCCGCCCAGCGCUGGUGUUAAUAUGCGGGAAGCUGCUGCGAAAAUACUGGUGCUGGCCCAAAAGGGGGAAUGGUCCGCUGUUGAGCAAACCCUCAAGGCGCUGGAGAAGUUGGUGGCUGCGGGAGGCGAGGAUACAGUCUCCGUACCAAUGGCUGGCAUCGUCGACCCGACCACCGGGAUGACCCCUCUGAUGUAUGCCGUAAAGGACAACAGAACGUCAUUCGUCGAACGCCUUAUAGAACUUGGCUCCGAUGUUGGCGCGAGGAAUAAUGACAACUACAAUGUCCUUCACAUAUCAGCGAUGUACUCGCGAGAAGACAUCGUGAAGCUUCUUCUCUCCAAGAGGGGAGUCGACCCAUUCGCUACUGGAGGAAGUCGUCAACAAACAGCAGUCCACCUUGUAUCCAGCCGGCAGACGGGCACCGCGACGAGCAUCCUGCGCGCGCUGCUCACCGCCGCGGGGAAGGAUAUACGACUGCGGCCUGAUGGGAGAGGCAAGAUCCCGCUGCUCCUCGCCGUGGAGGCGGGCAACCAGAGCAUGGUGCGCGAGCUGCUCAGUGCGCAGACGGCGGAACAGCUCAAGGCGUCCACACCAGCGGGUGACACAGCGCUUCACCUCGCAGCAAGGCGCCGAGAUGUGGACAUGGCUCGCAUCCUCGUGGACUAUGGUGCAGCUGUCGACGCGGUGAAUAGGGCGGGACAAACGGCAUUACACAUAGCUGCUGCAGAGGGGGAUGAGCAGCUUGUCAAGUAUUUCUAUGGAGUCAGAGCGAAUGCAGCUAUUGCUGAUAAUGAAGACCGAACACCGAUGCAUCUAGCCGCUGAGAAUGGCCAUGCAGCUAUCAUAGAACUUCUAGCAGACAAAUUUAAAGCAUCGAUAUUUGAAAGGACAAAGGAUGGGAGUACUCUGAUGCAUAUAGCGUCUCUGAACGGCCACGCUGAUUGCGCUAUGAUGCUGUUUAAAAAGGGUGUCUAUCUUCAUAUGCCAAAUAAGGAUGGAGCUCGAAGUAUUCACACUGCUGCGAGGUACGGCCAUGUAGGGAUUAUCAACACAUUACUGCAGAAAGGAGAGAGUGUGGACGUUACUACAAAUGACAACUACACGGCUCUGCACAUAGCGGUGGAAUCAUGCAAGCCGGCGGUCGUGGAGACCCUGCUGGGGUAUGGGGCAGAUGUUCACAUUCGCGGGGGCAAACAGAGGGAGACUCCUUUACAUAUAGCCGCAAGGAUACCUGAUGGCGACAAGUGCGCGCUCAUGCUGCUGAAAUCCGGCGCCGGACCGAACAAGGCGACGGAGGACGGCAUGACGCCCGUGCACGUCGCGGCGCGGUUUGGCAACCUCGCCGCGCUGCUGCUGCUGCUCGACGACGGCGGCGACCCGCUGCGCAAGACCAAGACCGGUGAAACGCCGCUCCAUAUGGCGUGUAGAAGUUGCAAACCCGACAUAGUCCGGCAUUUAAUAGAAUUUGUAAAAGAACACAAAGGCGAAAAAGUUGCAACGCUAUACAUCGAUUCGGUUGAUGAAGACGGAGCAAGCGCCUUGCACUUCGCAGGACAAAUUACCAAAGAAGAAGUAAAAAUUCCAUCGGCUGAUAGGGAAGUCGUUAAAUACUUAAUGCAAAAUGGCGCCGAUGUGUCGUUACAAACGAAACAUAAUCAAGAAACCGCCUUUCACUUCUGCGCCAUCGCUGGCAACAACGACGUCUUAACUGAAAUGAUAACCGAUAUGUCAACCGCCGAUGUGAGCAGGGCGUUGAACAAACAAAAUUCUAUCGGCUGGACGCCAUUAUUGAUCGCAUGUAAUAGAGGACAUAUGGAACUCGUGAAUACAUUGCUAUCGAACCACGCAAGAGUCGACGUCUUCGACGUUGAAGGCAGAUCGGCCUUACACUUAGCUGCGGAACACGGAUACUUGCAGGUCUGUGACGCGUUGCUAACAAACAAAGCGUUCAUCAAUUCAAAAGCUAGAAACGGCCGGACCGCCCUCCACUUGGCGGCUAUGAACGGAUUCGCCCAUUUAGUCAAGUUUUUAAUAAGAGACCACAACGCUGUGAUCGAUGUGCUGACGUUAAAGAAACAAACACCGUUACAUUUAGCCGCAGCGAGCGGUCAAAUAGAAGUGUGCAAAUUAUUAUUAGAACUCGGUGCCAAUAUUGAUGCGACGGACGAAUUGGGUCAGAAGCCAAUACACGCUGCAGCACAGAACAAUUAUUCGGAAGUGGUGCAGUUAUUUCUACAGCAGCAUCCGAAUCUGGUGAUGGCGACGACUAAAGAUGGGAAUACUUGUGCCCACAUAGCGGCUAUACAAGGAUCUGUGAAAGUGAUCGAGGAAUUGAUGAAGUUCGAUAGAACUGGAGUGAUAUCGGCCAGGAAUAAACUGAAUGAAUCAACCCCGUUACAACUAGCGGCUGAAGGUGGACACGCUGAUGUAGUCAGGGUUCUUGUGAGGGCUGGAGCUUCGUGCACCGAUGAGAAUAGAGCUGGCCUAACAGCUGUCCAUUUAGCGGCUGAACAUGGACACACAAAUGUGUUGGAUGUUAUGAGGUCAACUAAUACUUUGAGGAUAUCUAGUAAAAAGUUAGGUUUGACGCCGCUUCAUAUAGCCGCGUAUUAUGGUCAAGCAGAAACGGUUCGAGAGCUGCUUUCCCACGUGCCCGGAACGGUAAAGUCGGACGCACCAACGGGAGUAUCUUUAGUUCCCAUACUAGGCGCGGAGUCUGGUCUCACUCCCUUACACUUGGCUGCUUACAAUGGUAAUGAGAAUGUUGUGCGAUUGUUGCUCAACUCCGCGGGAGUACAGGUUGAUGCUGCGACGAAUGAAAAUGGUUACAAUCCACUCCAUCUAGCCUGUUUCGGAGGCCACAUGUCCAUAGUGGGUCUCUUACUCAGCAGAUCCGCAGAAUUACUCCAAAGCACAGACAGACACGGCAAAACCGGUUUGCACAUAGCAUCAACACACGGACACUAUCAAAUGGUAGAAGUGCUCCUCGGACAAGGGGCUGAAAUAAACGCUACUGAUAAAAACGGUUGGACUCCACUACAUUGUGCGGCGAAAGCUGGACACCUGAAUGUAGUGAAAUUGCUGUGUGAAUCAGGAGCAUCGCCGAAAAGCGAAACCAACCUCAAUUGUGCUCCCAUCUGGUUCGCUGCAUCUGAAAACCACAAUGACGUAUUAGAAUAUCUAUUACAUAAAGAGCACGAUACACAAUCGCUAAUGGAUGAUAAGAAAUUCAUUUACAAUUUAAUGGUGUGCUCGAAGAAUCAUAAUAAUAUACCUAUUGAGGAGUUUGUGUUAGUAUCACCGGCGCCGGUUGAUACAGCUGCUAAAUUAUCGAAUCUAUAUGUUAAUUUAUCAACUAAGGAAAAAGAGCGUGCCAAAGAUCUAAUAGCAGCUGGUAAGCAAUGUGAAGCGAUGGCCACUGAACUACUGGCUCUAGCGGCGGGAGCAGAUUCCGCUGGACACAUACUUACAGCCACUGAUAAUAGGAAUAUUGAGUUCCUAGAUGUUCUGAUCGAAAACGAACAGAAAGAAGUGAUCGCGCACACUGUCGUUCAGAGAUAUCUUCAGGAACUCUGGCGAGGGAGCCUCAAAUGGACUGGCAUCAAAAUAAUGUUCCUUUUUUUCGUCUUUAUCAUUUGUCCGCCCGUUUGGCUCGUCUUCUCUCUUCCACUAGGCCAUAAAUAUAAUAAGAUACCGAUAAUUAAAUUUAUGUCAUAUUUAACGUCCCAUAUAUAUCUUAUGGUAUUGUUAGCUUUGGUUGCCAUAACGCCUAUAUAUAACUCAAUAUUUAGAGAAAGUUUAGUUCCUAGGUGGUAUGAGUGGAUAUUAUUAAUUUGGUUGAGUGGUCUCCUUUUGUUUGAACUUACGAAUCCCAGUGAUAAAUCUGGUUUAGGCUGGAUAAAAAUAGCAGUAUUAUUGUUAGGAAUGGUGGGCGUAGCGACCCACGUCGUUGGCUGGAUAUUUGUAUUACCAAAAUAUUGGCCAACCUUAAUGUAUUGUAGAAACCAAUUUUUCGCCUUAUCAUUUCUCUUAGCGUGUGUACAAAUUUUAGACUUCUUGUCUUUCCAUCACUUGUUUGGCCCGUGGGCUAUUAUUAUAGGCGAUCUAAUGAAAGAUCUAGGUAGAUUUUUAGCAGUGUUAGCUAUAUUCGUGUUUGGAUUCUCCAUGCACAUAGUAGCACUAAACCAACCUUUCAGAAAUAUAAAUAAACCAGAAGAUAAUAAAUACGCCAGAACAGCCAGAAGAAAACUGUUUUCAGACGUUACCAUGAACCCCGUGUUUUCGUUCGAGCUACUGUUCUUUGCGGUUUUCGGCCAGACCACAACUGAACAGACGAGGGUCCACCGAAACGAUAGCAACACGCAACCGCAGUGGACUAAUUAUUUAUUUAAAAUAGUUUUCGGAAUUUACAUGUUGGUGUCCGUGGUUGUACUCAUCAAUCUACUGAUUGCUAUGAUGUCAGACACUUAUCAAAGGAUACAGGCGCAAUCGGAUAUAGAAUGGAAGUACGGCCUGUCCAAGCUGAUCCGCAACAUGCACCGCACUAACACAGCGCCGUCGCCGCUCAACCUUGUGACCACCUGGCUCAUGUGGUUGAUACAUCGAUGCAGGAAUCGUCUAACAAAGAAAAAGAGGCCAAGCUUGGUGCAUAUGAUUGGUUUGCAGAGGCAGGACCAAAUGAGCGCGAGAUCUAAGGCCGGAGCCAAGUGGCUAUCUAAAGUCAAGAGGGGACAAGUUGUUCCUAAAGAUUCCACUCGUCUCUCCGUAGUACAUUUAAGUCCAUUAGGUUCACAACUGAGUUUCAACAACAUGACUAGAAUAGAGAACGUAGUAGAUUGGGAGAUUAUUGCCAAGAAGUAUCGAGCUCUCAUGAGAGACGAGCCUGAGGAACCCGUAGCUAAAGACACUGAGACUGACACCGCUGAGAGUGAAUCGGAAAUUGUUCCCAAUAAUAUUGCUGCUGUUCCACCUUGA